AUGGCAAAUAAAAUACUAGAUCCAAUCUUUAGAUUAUACGAUCUGAUUCGUUAUUCGUUUAACAAGAAAAAAGAGGAUUAUAUUAUCAUCUCACCGACUGUUGGUUCUAAAUCCCAAUUGAAUGAUGGUGGUAGAAUUACCUUCGAAAUAAAUUCAUUAUCGAAUUGGUUGCUUCUUUCCGAUGCUUAUUUCAGAUGUGAUUUCAAAAUUAAAGAAGGAACUCAGAAUCAAGUUCCACAAACUAAUACAACGUUAGAAAACAAUUUCUUUCAAUCUUUAUUUAGCGAGAUGGUUUUGGAAGCUGGUUCAAAUCCUAUAGAAACAAUCAAACACCCUGGGGAAUUCGACACAAUGCUGAAAACAGUUUUAUAUCCUAAAGAUUUCGAUUCAGUCUCAGUUUACUAUGAAGAACCGGUAAGAAAUCUUGUAAAUGAUGCUGAUUUAGCUAGAGUGAUGGUUAAUGGCUGGUUUCAAGAACUUAGCAGAUUCUCAAACGAAUAA